UUGGCGUACGAUCUCGUUCAGUUGUUGCAGCCAGGUGGUGAAGAGUCCGGCUUUUUCCGCAGAGAUCCGCUCAUCCCAUGGCAGUUGUAAUGGCCAUAGGCUUUGAAGCGUGAUCUUCGCUCUGAUCGUAUAGCGGCUAAGCUUAAUCUAAGCGGGUCCCAGAUUGACUUGACCGUACUGCCAAACAGAACCGCGCACCCAGCAAUCUCUUGCUUUUCUGUUAACGCACCUCGGCUGUGACCCGGUGCAUGGCUGUGUCGAACGCGAGUUCAUCCACUGGCGGGUUCCAGUAGAGUCCCAAGAUUUUGUUCUCCGUCUUCGACCGUCAAGUGAGCGAAUACAACAAAAUGAAUCCGUACCCAAGGGACGAGCAAGGAAAUCCUCUACCGAGUAAAGGAGAGAAAAUAUGCGUGGCACAUUUGGAGGAAAGGUUCCCAGGACGAAAAUUCCCAAAACAUAAGACGUUACGCUGGCUGACAAACCCUGAAACAGGAAGACAUUUAGAGCUGGAUUGUUACAACGAGGAGUUGCGACUCGCCGUUGAGUACAACGGCAGGCAGCACUAUGAGUUCGUGCCGGACAUGCACGAAAGUGAAGAGGGCUUGAAGUACCAACAACGUCUAGAUGCGGUGAGUGUCCUUUGCACCCGAUGGGUUGGACUGCCCCUCAUUUUUCAGCGAGUAUUGGCAUUGUGGUUGAUGAUACCACCUUUUUAAAAUUAUUUCAUGCAAAUAAGGCAUACAAGAAAACAUAAUACAAUUUCUCACCAAACUGCGAUUGGCGCGAUUACACUCGCAAACACAAAAUCACAAAACUAUAGUAUACCUUGU